UAAAGCAAGGGAGUUGAUUGGGAGAGAACUGGUUUCACCACUCCUCUGCCUUGAGUCUUUCAUCAUAACUCAGGGCCAGGCAGGCAGAUUUUGCAAUGCACGAGCCCCAGUCCGUCAACUGGCUCUAGAGAGAGACUCAUGGAAAGGGCACCACACUCUUGCCCAGAUGUCUAAGGCCUCUGGAGAAGGAACUGAGAGAGCUGCAGGCUGGCAGAGCUGAGGAGGAGUGCUGCAAAGGGUCUGGGAUCAGAAGUGCCUCCACAGGGAAUAUGGAGCUGAGAUUUCCUGGGAGGAAGGCAGUUCUCUCCUUUCAGCUCAUUUUCCUGCUCUGGGCUUCUCUUCCUCGUGAGGUACCCAGUAAAGAAGUGAACCUUCUUGACACAAGCAUUGCUCAGAAUGAGCUGGGUUGGUUGCCACAUCCUCAAGAAAAUGGGUGGAGUGAGGUGCAGGAGAUCGUAAAUGGCACUCCGAUGUACAUGUAUCAAGACUGCAACGUCCUCUCGGAAGACGAUACUGACCAUUGGCUCCGGACCAACUGGAUAUUCCGAGCUGAAGCCUCUUCCCGCAUCUACGUGGAGCUGAAAUUCACCAUCCGGGACUGCAAGAGCUUCAAAGGAGAGGCGGUCAAUUGCAAGGAGACGUUCAACCUCUACUACAUGGAGUCAGAGCAAGAUGUUGGCAUCCAGUUCCGUCGCCUUCUCUUCACCAAGAUCAACACUGUGGCAGGAGACCGAAGUUUCACAGCGCAGGACAUCGCGACGCGUGACAUGCAGCUGAACAUGGAAGUGUGCCACAUAGAGAAGCUGCAGCAACGCGGCUUCUACCUGGCCUUUCAGAACUCGGGGGCUUGCGUUGCCUUGGUUUCCGUGAGAGUUUACUACAAGACCUGCUCGGAAAUUGUGCGCGGACUGGCCCAAUUCCCAGAGAAGCUAGCUGUUUCUGGGGGACUGGAAGAAGUGUCUGGUGUCUGCUUAAAGAAUGCAGUCGAGGACGGAGGGCUUCCACCGAAGAUGCACUGCAGUCCCGAUGGGGAGUGGCUGGUCCUUGUGGGCCGCUGCGUAUGCAUCACUGGCUUUCAGGAGGAUGAAGGAAGGUGUGUUGCCUGUCAGCCAGGUUCCUAUCGUCACUCACUGAAGACUGACCAGUGCCUCAAAUGCCCUCCAAACAGCUUCUCCAGUUCUCCUGCUGCCACAAGCUGCCCCUGCCACGAAAACUUCUUUCGGACUCCCACUGAGGACGAAACUGCUGCUUGUACUCGUCCUCCUUCGGCUCCUCACAAUGUCACCGUACUUAUUGAGGGGACUGAGGUCACCCUUUCGUGGCAGGCACCCAUGGAUCAGGGUGGGCGCAAAGACCUCUCCUACAGCGUCUCCUGCCAGCGUUGCAGUUCCCCAAAGUGCAGACCUUGCGAGAGCAGCGUGACUUUUUCUCCCAGCGCCCUAGACCUCACCCAGCAGAAUGUGGUUGUGAGCGGCCUGGAGCCCUUCAUCAAUUACAGCUUCGUUGUACGGGCUCAUAAUGGUGUGUCAGAGCUCACCGCAGCCUUCCACAGCAGCACCAGCUCUCCUGUCCGAGUUUUGGUGGGCCACGCAGUCCCUGGCAAGGUGACUGAUCUCAUCCUGGCAAGGCGAAAUGACAGCAGCCUCUCUGUGACUUGGUCACCGACACGACAUCGCAGCCGUAGCUCCGUGAACUAUGAGGUUAUGUACUUUGAGAAGGGAGAAGAGAAACACUACACUGUCCAACACCUCCAGGAACCCCAAGUAACUUUGGCAAAUCUGCAGCCUGACACAGCUUACCUGAUGCGUGUGCGCUCCAUCACAGACUCUGUAGCUGGGCCAUAUUCCCAGGAACAGGAAUUCCGCACUCUUCCACAAGACACUGGGAUGCCCUCUGGAGGAGUGAUUGUCAGCAUAAUCUUUGGAGUUCUGCUGUUUAUCGGUCUGGUUGUCGGUCUCCUUGUUUGCCGAAGGCACUCUUACCGACGCGGAGCCCGGCGAUGCCACAAGCAAUCUGGCUACGACCGAGAUGAGAUUUGGUUGAAGCCAUACGUAGACCUCCAGCCCUAUGACGAUCCCAGCAGGGGAGUCCUAGAAUUCACAAAAGAGCUAGACCCAUCCGUUGUCACCAUGGAGACUGUUAUUGGUGAAGGCGAGUUUGGGGAGGUCUACUGUGGGAAUCUGCGUUUCCCAGGGAAGGAACGUGUCGUCGUGGCCAUCAAGACCUUGAAGUCAACUUACUCAGACUCAACAUGGUGGAACUUCUUGCGUGAGGCGACGAUCAUGGGCCAGUUCAAUCACCCCAACAUUGUCCGCUUGGAAGGAGUCGUUACAAAACGAAACCCAAUGAUGAUUAUCACGGAAUACAUGGAAAAUGGGGCUCUGGACACCUUCUUACGGGAGAACAUGGACAAGUUCAGUUCGGUGCAGCUUGUGACGAUGCUGCAGGGCAUUGCCUCGGGAAUGACCUACCUGUCGGACCGCAACUAUGUGCACCGGGACCUGGCGGCCCGCAACAUUCUGGUGUCUCAUAACCUUCAGUGCAAGGUUUCAGAUUUCGGUCUUUCUCGGAUAUUAGAAAACGAUGUGGAGGGAACUUAUGAAACAAAGGGUGGCAAGAUCCCUAUCCGAUGGACAGCGCCUGAAGCUAUUGCCCAUCGAAUCUUCACCUCAGCCAGUGAUAUCUGGAGUUUUGGCAUCGUCAUGUGGGAGGUGCUGUCCUAUGGCGACAAGCCAUAUGGAGAUAUGACCAACCAGGAGGUGAUGAAGAGCAUAGAGGAUGGGUAUCGGCUCCCCCCACCUGUGGACUGCCCAUCCGUCCUCUACGAGAUCAUGAAGGUGUGUUGGUCAUAUGACCGGACCCGGAGGCCCCGCUUCCGGGAGAUCUUUGCUCAGCUAGAGCACUUCAUCUCCAGUCCACAUUUGCUUCGAACUGUGGCCGACUUUGACCCCAGGGUGACGCUCCGCCUCCCCAGCUGCAGUGGCUCCGAUGGGAUUCCUUAUCGGUCUAUCCCAGAGUGGUUGGAAUCCAUCCGCAUGAAGCGCUACAUCAUCAACUUCCGCACUGCCGGCCUGAACACCAUGGAAUCCGUCCUGGAGCUUUCUGCCGAGGACUUGAAGCAAAUGGGUGUGACUCUUCCUGGCCACCAGAAGCGUAUUCUGUGCAGCAUCCAAGGCUUCAAAGAGUGAUGGGGGUCUUGCAUCACCAAGCUGUCACUGGACCCAACGCCACAGAGCCCAGCAGAACAAGGAGAAGAGAAGGGGAACGGACUGAACCGAUCUUGCAGUGGCGCUGCAAGCACCGGCCUGGGGCUCCGAGAGUUGAUGGCAGAGUCUGCAGCAUGUGCACGAAAAACAUUCCUUGUGCCUCAUAGUGCACAGGUUGGGACUUGAGCUUCCCAACGCAGAAAGCAACACUCCACGAGGCUUCCUGCAGAUACUACGCCAGAGAAGUGGCCAAUGCUUAAAAUGCAAACUCCUUGCUUCUCUCUCAUUUUGUGUCUUGCCACCUCUUGUUUCAUUCUUGUGUUUCUACGCCAGCAGCAGCCACUCUGCCCGUCGCAUUUCAUAGUGACUAAGGAAGCAAGGUGUACUUAAAAUUAUAAGUAGAGCUGAAACCAUUCUGCCGGCAAAGCCGUAUCUAGCAAGAAGGGGUCCCUUCAAAUGCAAAAGUUGUGCUUGAAGACUCAGGGAUUGGGGG